GUAGGGAAACAAGGAAGUAGACUGAAUGAACAACAUAAAAACAGAAGUCGGUUGUUUUAUUUUUGAUUGAAUGCGUAUCUACGCCUGUAAUCGACUCCAGAUUAUUUUCUACAUUUCUACAUUUGCUUUGUAGUAUAUUUAAAAGCUUCUCGGUCUUUAUUUAAUAUAUAUGUGUUUAUUUCGGUAAUGCUAACCUUCUUAGCUGGCUCGUUAGCAGCGGUGACAGGUGACAGGUGCUGUUAUUAAUAUGGUGCAGAACGUGUUUCGGAGCGGGUUUCUGGUCCGGGUCGCUCACACACUGCUCACCUGGAUCAUAACCGUCAUUCUGUUCCUGCACAACACUAGCUUGCGGAGAUGUGAGGAGCAGGGAGAGCUGCUGCUGCCGGCUCUCUUCUUCUUGCUGGUCGUUCUGUCAGUGCUGUUGUACUUUGCCGUUUCCCUGAUGGACCCCGGCUUUGUGCUCAAUGACACUGUCAAGGGCGCUCAGAGUCCGAAUGAAGAAAUGGAGGCGAUGAUCCCUCAGUCAUCGACCCCUCGUUUGAGGCGCUGUGGGUACUGCCUGCUGCAGCAGCCAAUGAGAGCGAAGCACUGCCACAUGUGUAAACGCUGCGUCCAUCGCUUCGACCACCACUGCCCGUGGAUUGAGAACUGCGUGGGAGAGAGGAACCACCGCUGGUUCAUCAUCUACCUGCUGGUGCAGCUGCUCACCCUGCUGUCGGGCCUUCACGUCGCUCUGUCAGGCAUUUCUCCUGCUCUUACGUGGGAGCAGUGGUUCAGGGUGAAUGGCUUUCUGGUGGCAGCGUUGUGCAUAGUCGGGAUUUUCUCCGUGGUUGUGGUGGUGCUGCUAGGCUCCCACUUGUACCUGAUUUCUAUCAAUUGCACCACCUGGGAGUUCAUGUCUCGCCACAGGAUCUCAUACCUGAAGACCUGCAAGGACGAGGAGAAUCCGUUCGACCGUGGCGUCCUCUGCAACCUGUGGGAUUUCUUCUGCAUCUGCAGGACGGUGAUGUGGGAGAAGGUUUACCACAGAAACACGUUGAAUCCAGUCUGACCCCACAGAGGCUGGAGUCAACUAAUCUCUGACUGGUUUUGUAUUUUCACAAAGAUGAAAACAGGAGAAUGAGAAAGUGUUUGUCUUUAAUUGUUUUAUCCAGAUACAAAAAUCAAAAGGAAACUUUUUGGACUGAAACAGCGGACCGUCUCAGGAGGAUUGUAAUCACUCUGGUGCUCCCAGCAGUUUCCUGUUCUUGGCUGGAAACUCGGACUUGUUUUCAUGUAACAAAUUAAUCCAAACCUCAGAGGUAUCUGUGCGCAGUGUUGCCUUAACACAAUCCCUUUACCCGUAUUUACAGUUAACAUUGAAACACAUGUUCAGUGUUGGUGUUUCACCGUGUGAUGCGCAACAGCUGAUGUCACGGGUUUGCAUGUGGGGGUGUUUUUGACGUGUGUCACUGGCUCCGUUUGAUUAUUCCAGCUACACUUUGAGAAGCGGACGUAAAUAAAUAAAAGAACCUGAUAGUCUGCUCGCAGUCGUAACUGUUGAUAGUUUCACAUCUCUUAAUAUGGAAAGGAUAACUGGAGUUGGACCUUGUUUCAGCCCCAGCACCUUGUUAGUGCUGCCUGUGAUUUUAUGAACCAAAAGAUGCACUUAGUGUUAACGGCACAUUAAAGGGCUCAAUUUUAUUCUUGGAUUCUAGACUAGCUUUCCAUGAUUCACGGCUCUUUAAACCAGCUGUCUUCUGUUUGGCUGUUAUCUGCAAACAGAAGGUUUGAACACCCAGUGGGCGGGGCUUCUAAGCUAAAAGAGCAUAGGCUGUGUAUAGAAGUUGGAUUUAGUUGAUGUGAUGUGACCACUGGUUUGCAAAGGCUCGUCUUCAACACUUUCCCCCAUAAACAGGACAUCUGAACACUUAAUGAAGAGUUAUUCUUCGUCUAGCUAUCGUCUUUGCUUGUUGAAACCAGACACCAGUCACAAAGCAAACCACGCUGCAUCAUCAUCAUCAUCAUCAUCAUACACUGAACAA